AUGGUCAACGUCUUCAACGUGCAAAUCUUCUUCGUCGUCUUUAGAGAGAGUUUAGAAGCGGUGAUUGUGGUGUCGGUGCUUCUUGCCUUUUUGAAGCAAGGUUUAGGCACGUCGCACGGCGACGUCCAGCAUGACCCCAAGGUCUACAAAAAGCUCAAGCGGCAAGUUUGGCUCGGCUCGAUCUUGGGAGUUGUCGUUUGUUUAAUCAUUGGCUGCGCGUUUAUUGGUGCCUUUUAUGGCUUAGGUAAGGAUAUCUGGUCGCAAUCUGAGGACUUGUGGGAAGGUAUAUUUUGUAUUAUUGCCACGGUGCUUAUUUCCUUGAUGGGGAUCCCCAUGUUGCGUAUCAACAAGAUGAAGGAGAAGUGGAGAGUCAAACUUGCCCAGGCCUUGAUCAAGAAACCAAGCAACAAGAUGGAAAGGUUCAAACUCGGCCAAUUUGCCAAGCGCUAUGCCUUGUUCAUCUUGCCCUUCAUCACCUGUUUAAGAGAAGGAUUGGAAGCAGUGGUGUUUGUCGGUGGUGUCGGUUUGAACGAGCCCGCCACCUCGUUCCCCAUCCCCGUGAUUGUCGGCUUGAUUGCCGGUAUUUUGGUGGGGACAUUGCUCUACUACUUUGGCUCCAACAUGUCGAUGCAGAUUUUCUUGAUCAUCUCCACCUGUAUGCUUUAUUUAAUUGCCGCUGGCUUGUUCUCGCGUGGUAUCUGGUACUUUGAAACUUACAAAUACAACCAGGCCACCGGUGGAGACGCCUCGGAAAACGGCUCCGGUCCAGGAACUUACGACAUUGCAAAAUCGGUGUGGCACGUCAAUUGCUGCAACCCGGAAACCGAUAACGGUUGGGAUAUCUUCAACGCGCUUUUCGGCUGGCAAAACUCGGCCACUUAUGGCUCAGUCAUUGGCUACAACGUCUACUGGAUCGCAGUGAUUGCCACGUUGAUGUUGAUGUUGUACGAGGAGAAACACGGCCACUUGCCUUUGCUCAAGGGCAUCACCCUCAGAUCAUUGAAUCCAAUGUACCAUAUCAAGGGUAAGAAAAAACACGAAUUGAGCGAGAAAGAAAAGCGCGAGUUGUUUAAACAAGUCAAGCAACAGGGCUUUGGCGCUGGUGCCGUCAAGGAACAACAAGAAAUACAUGAACUCGAUGAUGCAGCUUCAAACAAAUUGAUGAAUGGUUCAGAGAAGCCUAUUGUUCACUAA